AAGUAUCUCUCUUCAGCUGCAUUGUUGGCAUGCCAUGUGCUUUUCUGUGUAAAAGAAAACUACAUAAAGCAAUACAUAGUGCUGUUUGGAAGUAUAGUUUAGUUUGUAUGCAUUUACAUAUGAGAUGGGGUGUCGAGGAAGGCCUUUCUUUGAUCUUAAUGAGCCCCCUGCUGAAGUGGAAGAGGAAACUGAUGGUGUCCUCUGCUUCCAGCAUCAAAAGGCACUUCCAUCUUUGAAUUCUCAUGCCUCUGAUUUAUCUUCAUCAGAAGGUGCUCAGAGAAUACUGAAUAACCAUGCUUUCUCCCAUGCAUCCUCCGUUUCGGGCUUCCAGCCUUUUGUUAAACAGAAGAAGGUUGAUGAUUUGAAAUCUGGGAAUGCUUCCACUACAUAUGGUGAGGAAAAUAAAUCAACUUCGCCACUGGCCGCAGGCCCUGCACAUGCUCAAGUUGUGGAAAGGGAGGAAGGGGAGUGGUCUGAUGCAGAAGGUUCUGCUGAUGCCUUUGGAAUCAAUUCUGACAAUGAUAAGCUUAAGCAAUCAACUAAUGUUGAUGGUGAAAAUGCAGAGACACUGGAACUGGCUGAGAGAACUGAUCUUUCUGCUACUAACAAGGCAUUUGAGAGUAUCUAUCGUGAUUCCCGUUUACCUGAAGGUACCAAGGACGAAAUCACAUAUAUAACCAAGGAUGAGAACUGUAGUCAUGCUUCUUCAGGAUUGGAUCUGGAGUCGUCUGGACAGAUGAGUAACAAUAGCCGGCAUUUAGAGAGUAAUGCCAAAGGGGAUGUAAUCGUGGAUGGACAAGAGGAGUCUUCCUUGGUUGUGAAUAAAAAAGAAGUUAAAGGAAUUGAAGCAAGUCAUGCGCUUAAAUGUGGGAGUAAUCCUGGGAAGAGGCACAAGCUUGACCAACACAAGGAAGCAAUGCUGGGGAAAAAACGUAGCAGGCAGACAAUGUUUCUUAAUUUGGAGGAUGUCAAACAAGCUGGCCCCAUCAAAACUGCAACCCCGAGGCGGCAAACCUUUUCAUCGCCUGUAACUACUCGGACAGUCAAGGAAAAUCGUAAUGUUGCUGCCCCAGCUGAGCGCAGUGGAGAAAAGAUUGCCAAGGAUCAAAAGCAAGGAGAUGCAACGUGUAAUGAAGGAGGCACUCCAAUGGAUAUUGGCGAUCAGAAAUCUGAAUCCAAUGGUGAUAUAAACCAAGGACCUCUAGCAAGACCUAGGAGGCUAAACGGUGGCAUUGAAAUCCCAGCAGAGGUAUAUCCAGUAUCAAUUCCGAGACAAAGUUCAUGGAAGCAGUCAGAUUCAAGGCAACUGAAGAAUCCACUUGUUUCAGCUAGGAAACAGGUUGUUCCCAAUCAAAAUUCCAUGGACCCAAAGUUGGGGAACAAGAAACAUCUUUCUACUAAGAAACAAAAUGCAAAUAGCACACAGUAUCAGGAUACAUCUGUGGAACGUCUUCUGCGGGAGGUGACCAAUGAAAAGUUUUGGCAUCAUCCAGAGGAGAUGGAACUCCAAUGUGUUCCUGGACGGUUUGAAUCCGUGGAAGAGUAUGUCAGAGUUUUUGAGCCUUUGCUUUUUGAGGAAUGCCGGGCACAGCUGUAUGGUACUUGGGAGGAACUUACAGAAACUGUUUCCAGAGAUGCACAUAUAAUGGUGCGAAUAAAGCAUGUUGAAAGACGAGAAAGAGGAUGGUACGAUGUAAUAGUUCUUCCUAUGCAUGAAUGCAAGUGGACAUUUAAGGAGGGUGAUGUGGCAGUUCUUUCAACUCCGAAGCCUGGAACAGUGAGAUUUAAGCGGAACCAGUCUGCUGCAAGUGAGGGUGAUGUUGAGAUUGGAGUUACUGGCCGUGUAGCUGGUACUGUUAGGCGAUAUAUUCCUAUCGAUACUCGUGAUCCUCCUGGUGCCAUCCUCCAUUUUUAUGUUGGUGAUACAUUCGAUCCUAAUAGCAAUGAUGAUCACAUUUUAAAGAAAUUUCAUCCCAAGGGAAUCUGGUAUUUGACUGUCCUUGGUUCUCUGGCGACUACCCAACGUGAAUAUGUUGCUCUGCAUGCGUUCCGUCGUCUCAACUUGCAGAUGCAAACUGCAAUCCUUAAGCCUAGUCCUGAACAUUUCCCAAAAUAUGAAGAUCAACCCCCUGCAAUGCCUGAAUGUUUCACACCGAACUUUGUUGAACACCUACACAGAACAUUCAAUGGGCCCCAGUUAGCUGCCAUUCAAUGGGCUGCGAUGCAUACAGCUGCUGGUACAAGUAGUGGCAUGAGUAAGAGGCAAGAUCCAUGGCCUUUCACUCUGGUUCAAGGGCCUCCAGGAACAGGGAAGACACACACAGUGUGGGGAAUGCUAAAUGUUAUCCAUCUUGUUCAGUACCAGCACUAUUACACUGCUCUGCUUAAGAAAGUUGCUCCUGAAAGCUAUAAGCAAGCUAAUGAGAGCAAUUCUGAGAGUGUGUGCACAGGAUCAAUUGAUGAAGUUCUUCAGAGUAUGGAUCAGAACCUCUUCCGCACACUGCCAAAACUCUGCCCGAAACCUAGGAUGCUUGUGUGUGCUCCUUCAAAUGCAGCCACUGAUGAGUUGCUUGCACGUGUUCUUGACCGUGGAUUCAUUGAUGGUGAGAUGAAAGUCUAUCGGCCUGAUGUGGCUCGAGUUGGUGUUGAUUCACAAACUCGUGCUGCACAGGCUGUUUCUGUUGAGCGAAGAACUGAGCAACUGUUAGUUAAGGGCCGUGAAGAAAUUCUUGGAUGGAUGCAGCAGUUAAAAAUCCGUGAAGCUGAAUAUUCACGUCAGAUUGCUUGUCUUCAGAGAGAACUAAAUGUUGCAGCAGCAGCAGGCCGAGCUCAAGGAUCUGUUGGAGUUGACCCUGAUGUUCUUGUUGCUCGGGACCACAAUCGGGACACAUUGCUGCAAAACCUUGCAGCAGUUGUGGAGGGAAGGGAUAAAAUUCUGGUGGAGUUGUCCCGCCUUCUCAUAUUAGAAACAAGAUUUCGUGCUGGUAGCAGCUUCAAUUUGGAAGAAGCUCGUGCUAAUCUGGAAGCAAGUUUUGCCAAUGAAGCUGAGAUUGUUUUUACAACAGUCUCAAGUAGUGGACGCAAAUUGUUUUCUCGUCUUACUCAUGGUUUUGAUAUGGUUGUUAUUGAUGAGGCAGCCCAGGCUAGUGAAGUUGGAGUUCUUCCUCCUCUCUCUCUUGGUGCAGCUCGUUGUGUUCUUGUUGGGGAUCCACAACAGCUCCCUGCAACAGUUAUCAGCAAGGCAGCUGGGACCUUGUUAUAUAGUAGAAGCCUCUUUGAAAGGUUCCAGCAAGCAGGUUGCCCCACAAUGUUAUUAUCUGUGCAGUAUAGAAUGCAUCCGCAAAUCAGGGAUUUUCCUUCAAGGUACUUCUACCAAGGACGUUUGACUGAUAGUGAAAGUGUAGUUAAACUACCUGAUGAGCCUUACUAUAAGGAUCAUUUAUUAAGACCUUACGUGUUUUAUGAUAUCACACAUGGAAGGGAAUCCCAUAGAAGUGGAUCUGUCUCUUAUCAGAACAUUAAUGAAGCACAGUUUUGUCUCUGGAUUUAUGAGCAUCUUCAAAAGACUUCCAAAUCCUUGGGUGUAGGCAAGAUCUCCGUUGGCAUAAUAACACCAUACAAACUGCAGUUGAAAUGCCUUCAACGAGAAUUUGAGGAGGUUCUGAAUUCAGAAGAGGGUAAGGACCUUUAUAUCAACACAGUAGAUGCAUUUCAAGGCCAAGAACGUGACGUCAUAAUCAUGUCCUGUGUACGGGCAUCGAAUCAUGGCGUGGGCUUUGUUUCUGAUAUUCGCCGAAUGAAUGUUGCUCUCACUCGUGCAAGAAGAGCACUAUGGGUAAUGGGCAAUGCCAAUGCUCUGACGCAAUCUGAUGACUGGGCUGCAUUAAUAAAUGAUGCCAAGGCAAGGAAUUGUUAUGUGGACAUGGAGUCUCUCCCCAAAGAUUUCCUGGUUCCAAAAGGAUCUCCUCACACUCCAUUGCCAGGUAAGGCUUUGUCUAACAUGAGGGGUUUGAGAACUGUUGGGCUAAGGCAGAGAUACUUGGACAUGCCGUCAGAGUCCAGGUCUGGCAUUCCAUCGGAAGAGGAGGUGAAGUUGAAUGUAUCAUCGUUAUCUAGGAAUGGAGGAUAGAAAGAAAUGAAGCUGCCCACAUAGAAUUCCUUGGAUGAUUUGGAACAGUCGGGAUAAAUCUCAAGAUCCCUGGCAUUAUGGCUUCCAGAGGAAGCAAAGUGUUGCGGGAAUGGUGGCAAGAGAGGUUCAUAAUCAGAAAAAUGAAUGAUGUCUGGAGAUCUCUGCGGCUUAAAGAGUAUUGAGGGUAUUUAAUUAAUUUUUGAUCUUAUGAAGCUUGGCCCAGAACUCAACAAUUUCAAAGGGAAUCAGCUCCAUGGAUGUUCUCUUAUGCAGAAAGCCAAAAGCAAUCAGAACGGGAAAAUUCUGCUCAACCGUGGUAAGUUGAGUUCAGCUGAUUGGGGGAAAGUUAAGAGAUCGUGCUCACCUCUGGUUAACUGGGUGAAGCAACGGGUUGGGAGGAUACAAGGAAGGAAAAGAUGGACUCCAAGGGAUGACAUGACACUGACUUUAUAUCUGCUUAAUGCACCAAUAGCUGCCAUAGGGAACAAAAAAUUGUGUAGACUGAGCCUACUUGUUGACAUGCUUGUCCAAUGGAAAGAUGGAUGCUAAUGAAGAUGCUGCUAACUCCUCCCCCAGGCUUCGAGGAAGAUGUAAUCUUUGCCAAAUCUUUUGAUUCCUGUGAUUGGCUCGCCAAGUGAGGAUAUCCACCAGGUUUUCCGGUUUUUUUUUUUUUUGUUUCUGGGUAAAUUGGGAAAUCGGCAACAAAGACGAGCUCUCUACCUGAGUGGGUCAGCAAGCUUCAACGUCUGCGAAACGUGACCUAGUACAAGAUAUCAUGUAUCAAACUAAACGUCUUGGAUUAAGUACGGUUGGGGCCAAGCUUCCCUAAUGUGCUUGCCAAUUUUGUAGCUCUCAUCUUACCAUAAAAGUCUACUGAGGAGGGAUAUUGGGACAUAGUGGCAGUGUUUGUGGGUCGCUCAUAAAAAGAACCCAUAUUGAGUGAUAUGGUGCUGUUACAUUCUUAGGAGGCACGCAGAUGUGUUGGGAUGAAAGAAUGUUUCAGAUCAUGUAGAUUGACAGAUUAUUCAUUCUCCAUUUGUUCAGAAGAGGUUAAAAUUGUGAAUGCAGCCUCAGUAGGUGUUAAUGAUAUCUUUAUUCUGUACAGGCAAUUGGGAAGUCUCCCAAAUUGGGGUAUUGUAAAUUAUCAGCUCUGUAAUAACCUUAAUUCUUUUCUUUUGUACCUUGUGACAUUGGUAUACCAUCUUUAAUGCAAAAUUCGAGGGGAUACCUGAUUCUGC